AUGACCAGCAACAUUAGGCCAUUUGGGCUGACGGUCAUUCAUAACCCUCCCGAGACGGCAACAGUUGACAUUGUCUUAGUCCACGGGCUCAGUGGCCAUCCAAAAGAUACAUGGACUAGCGACACGGGCACUUUUUGGCCUGCUGAUUUGUUACCACAUGCACUGGGCCAGUCUCGGGCUAGAGUGCUCACUUACGGGUACGAUGCCUCUGUACAAAAUUUUACAGAUGGUAACGGCUCUGGUGGAAUACACGGCGUUGCUGAGACCCUGGUGUCAUCACUCGCAGCGAACAGAAAUCUUCGAGGAUGCUCUGAGAGACCCAUUAUAUUCAUUUGCCAUUCUCUCGGGGGCAUCGUUGUCAAAAAAGCUCUCAUCUAUUCGCACUCCGUCUCCAACAAGAGAGUGAAGCACCUGAGAUCGGUUUUAGUAUCAACAUAUGGAUUGAUAUUCCUGGGAACCCCACACAAUGUUGACGAUGCUGGGCAAUGGAGCAUGGCUCUGCAAAUGCUAUGCGAAGCGAUACUGCCUCAGCAGCUCGUCCAAUCUUCCCCACAGCUAAUAAGGACCUUGAGUGAAAAUAACGAAUCUAUAAGGGACACCAACAGCCUUUUUGCAGAUUUGUGGAAUAAAUUCCAUGUUUGUUUCUUUUACGAAACCGAGGGCAUCAGUCUUGAAGGAUACAAGUAUGUGGUAGUGGAUGAACGCAGUGCUGCCCCGAUCAUAGAAGGCGCUGAGCGUGCUGGAAUCGCAGCCGAUCACAUCCAUAUGUGCAAAUUUGAUGAUGCAAGCGCCACAUACUGGAAAUUCAUGGCGGGAAUUCUUUCGAGAUAUUGCAUUGAGGCACCCCACAGUUUGCACCGUCUAUCGAAGACAAGCCCAAUGAGCAGAUCAUUGGUAUGCAGUACAAUGUCCCUGUCCCAAGACUACUACAAGAACAACAUUUUUUGUGGGAUGUACAACAAAACUUAG